UUUGGAGGUGGGAGGGGUUGAUGUUGAAGGAGACGCCAAGGCGACGGUGGUGCACGAUAGGGGUGAGAAAAAACAGUGUCUCGAGGAGAAGAAUUUUGACGUAUUCGGUGUACACGUGGGCCAUGGAAACUUUGUACAUUCGAAAUAUGCGCGAUUGUAAACGAACAGAACGCUUUUGUGAGCUAACGGUUGAAGUUUUUAUCGGAAUUACGUAACGAUGUGGAGUCGUUUGAGUGAUCAGCUUCAAGAGAUUCCGUGUCCUCGUUUGUUGGAAUAUUUCGUGUUACCAUCAUGAGUUUUUGGCCGCGAAGAAGAUUCCGUAUAACGCCGCUACGAGCUGUAGCAGCGUUUUGCUUCAUGAUUGUGCUGUUUUGGUACAGUCUCAGUCGGCAAGAAGUUCCACAGCAACCCUGUAGUGUUCCAGAAGAGUAUACUGAGAAACUGCAUGAACUUGCCUACAGGACACACUUGGUAUUAGCUAAACUGGGCAUCGUGCAUUUUCUGUGUCUGGGCGCGCUCUGGGGUCAAGUUCGAAUAGGUCGGGCACUGCCCUGGGCUCGCAAGGUCGAACUCUGCUUGGUUGAUACCUUAAGAGACGACGUUAUCAUUACAAAAGCGUUUCGAGAGGUAGGCUUAAGUGCUACGUAUCUUCACGCUGCUGGAGUUUAUCGUGUCCAGGAGCAUGAGGUCGGCGAAAAUUCUCCUAAAGUGGAGAUUGUUGUCUUUGAAGAGGAUGCUGUGACUCAAAUGGUAAGAAGGGUGGGAUGGACGAGAAGGGUCCUACCACCGGAUUGCGAGUUUUCACCGAGUUUGCAGUGCUUUCCGCCUCAACUGGUGAUUCCUCCCUUACCAGCAAAACAAUUUGGUGGCCGAUUAAUGCCCGUACCAAGAGAGGGCAUCGAACUACAAAAGUAUCACUAUCCCAACGAUUGGUGGCUGGAAAUCAAGCCUACAGAUUGCACCGAAACUCAAGAAACAAAUUCAUAGACUUGCAAAGCUUCUUUGGAGUUCUUCAAAGAACUAGUGUCACAGUUUCGACGUGCUCAUUAUCAAUAAUUAUCUAUAUUCUUAAGUGUAUGCAUUUAGUUGAACAGGGUUCUCCCCAACCGCAUCCUGUUUAUCGAUAAGUAGAAGAAUAGAAACGAGCUCAAAUUGCAGCUUCAACGAUAAUCUUUUUAUACGUAUUUUUUUCUUUUUAAUACAAGUCUUCGAGUCAAUCGUAUUUUAUUAUAAUUCGUAAAAAAGAGAAGAGAGCAGCAUGCCAAUUCGUUGAAAAAUUCCCGAUAGUUUUAUAUUCAAGUAUUGUUCGUAGGUGUAUAUAUUUAAUAGUAUUUUUUUUCGAAUGGCAUACGAUUUAGGAGUCAUGUUUAAAAUAUUAGAAUGUGUCAUGUGGUCCACGUUGAUGAAAGUAUUAGGAAAAAAUUGCUUCGUGUAUAAAUGCCGAGCUAGAGAUCUCGGUAAUUAUAUCAUUCUUGUCGGUGGUAUUCUGUAAUAUUCUCUGGAUACCAAGCAUGCAUUAGUGCAAUUAUCGCUUGAAAAUGGUAUAUAAAAUUUACAUAUUAUGCGCUAUUUAUUGCUUGUUACGUUUAAGCAUGUCCUUUCCGGUUAUUUUAUACAUAAAUAACUUAUACGUAUAAUCGAGGACGUUUUAUAGAAGCAUAUGCAUUUGUACUUAAGAUAUCUUGUGAUGUAAGGAACAAUUUUACGAUGUACUUGCGCAUCAAAUUCUUCCAAAGAUUAAAUAAAAUAUACGGUGAGAUUCGUUCA